AUGCUGUUGCCAUCUCUGCUGGCCUUGACGGCCACCCUCGCUCCCGCAUGGGCUGUCGAUCCCGCAACGCCAAUGGCGGCCGGCCUCAUCGUGGGAGCCCUAGACCCCCGCGCCCUCCCCGACUCUCCAUCGGGAGGCUACGCCCCGGCGAUCGUCGACUGUCCAACCGCCCGUCCCACCAUUCGUUCGGCUGCUGCCUUGUCGCCGAAUGAGACGGACUGGCUCCCGCGUCGGCGUAAUGCCACCAUCGAGCCCAUGCGCGAGCUUCUUACUCGUGCAAACAUUCCUGGCUUCGAUGCUGGCGCUUAUAUCGAUCGCGUCAGAUCAUCUCCCUCUCAACUACCCAAUAUCGGCCUGGCAGUAUCAGGAGGCGGCUACCGCGCCCUCAUGAACGGUGCUGGCUUCCUCGCCGCCGCAGACAGCCGCACUCCUAAUUCGACUGGUGCCGGCGGUAUUGGCGGUCUCCUUCAGUCUGCGACUUACCUCGCCGGCCUAUCCGGCGGUGGCUGGCUCGUAGGAUCCAUCUAUACCAACAACUUCUCCUCGGUAGUCGACCUGCAGCGCGGCUCCAAGGGCUCCGCUGUCUGGCAGUUCGACCGCUCCAUCUUCAAGGGCCCCAAGGAACCCGGCAUUUCCAUCCUUAACAUUGCCGACUACUGGGCCACAGUCGCUAAGCAGGUCAGCUCUAAGGAUGAGGGCUUCGAGGUCUCCAUCACGGACUACUGGGGGCGUGCUCUCUCCUACCAGCUCAUCAACGCCACCGACGGUGGCCCUUCGUACACCUUCUCUUCCAUUGCCGAAGACGCAAACUUCCAGUCCGGCCAACAGCCGCUUCCAAUUCUAGUUGCGGACGGUCGAGCCCCCGGCGAACGCAUCAUCUCUCUCAAUGCCACCGUCUACGAGUUCAACCCCUUCGAGCUCGGGACCUGGGACCCUACGGCGUUCGGCUUCGCCCCCCUCCGCUACCUUGCGUCGAACUUCUCCGCCGGUCGCAUCCCCAACAACGGCUCCUGCGUCCGCGGCUUUGACCAAGCAGGUUACGUCAUGGGCACCUCUUCGUCUCUCUUCAACCAAUUCAUGCUGCAAAACCUGACUUCAGCCGGCCUCCCGGAUUUCAUCCAGAGCGCUCUAACAAGCAUCCUCAACAUCCUCGACCGCGACAACAACGACAUCGCCCAAUACGUCCCCAAUCCCUUCUUCGGCUGGAACCCAAGAACGAACCUCAACGCAAACGAGCGGCAGUUAUCCCUGGUAGAUGGCGGCGAGGAUCUCCAGAACAUCCCGUUGCACCCGCUCAUCCAGCCCAACCGCGCCGUCGACGUCAUCUUCGCCGUAGACUCCUCCGCCGAUACGAACUUCAACUGGCCCAACGGCACCGCCCUCCGCGCGACCUACGACCGCAUCACGGAACCCAUCGCAAACGGCACCAUCUUCCCUGCCGUUCCGGACGCGAACACCUUCAUCAACCUCGGCCUCAACAAGCGCCCUACCUUCUUCGGCUGCGACGCCUCAAACUUCACCCUGAGCGGCAGCCAGCGGGUGCCACCUCUGGUAGUGUACCUCCCCAACGCUCCCUAUGUCGCACAUUCCAACGUCUCGACGUUCGAUCCGGACUACGAGCGCGACCAGCGCGACGCCAUCAUCCAAAACGGCUACGACUCAGCGACCCAGGGCAACGCCACCUUGGACGCGGAGUGGCCGCGCUGCGUCGCCUGCGCGAUCCUGUCGCGCAGCAUGGCCAGAAACCGCGAGACGGUACCGGAGGCGUGCAACAGCUGUUUCCAGCGCUAUUGCUGGAACGGCACGCUCGACACCCGUGAGACCGAUUACGAACCCAACUUCAUCAUUGGCAACAUCGAGGCUCAGAGCCCCGCAGCCAAGAUGAGCCUGAGUGUCUGGGCCGGACUGGCUAGUGCUGCUGUUGCUGCAGUGAUCUCGGCUAUCUAA